AAGUAGUGUUCUCACAAAGCAGAACCCAGAGUUUUAGCAGCAGGCGGUCUUUUUUUGGUCGGUCCAAGAACUUUGCAACCCGAUCUGUGUCCCGUAUCUGGCAUCUACAAGAGCGAAGACUCCUUCAAAAGUAACUCAAGCGAGACUUGAAGAUGUCCAAAUCCGAAGAUAGCCCAGAUGAGCACUCCACAUCAUCGGAAAAGGAAACCAAGGACGAUGUAUUUUUGAUGGCUGCUCGAGAGAAAAAAAAGAGGUUAAAAUCGAACGGCACCGAAUUGGGUGAUGAAAGAGGCCAGUGGCUCAAAAACUUGCGGUGGACCAUAUCCUGUGACAACAAUGAAAAAGCAGCAAACUUUGCUGACUGUUCUUUGAUCGUCAAAGCCGACUGCAAUGGCGUUGCCGCUUCCAUUCAAAACAAAGUGCAAGACGGAGCUGAGACUUCUUCUGAACGUGUUUAUGUGGUCCAUCGAAUUGUGCUCGGGAUGCAGAGUGAUUACUUUCGGACCAUCUUUGCAACUAGCUUUGUGGAAGCGCAAACCAGAACGACCACCAUUGUAUUGCCAUCCCCCGUUGUGACCCACUUGCAUUUCGAAAACCUCCUAGAUUUUCUCUAUGGAAGAGGUCUAAUCUUGAACGAUUUCAAUGCUGUGAGUAUGGUCUAUCUGGGGGACUAUUUCCAGGUCAAGAAAGUGAAAGAGGAAUCCCAGGCCUUUAUCGGCUUGUCAAUGGACGACGAUCCCAGUUCAUGGUUUCAAGAUGAUAGUGGCCAUCACAAGAGCCAAGAACUCACAAGAAUCUACCAAGAUGCAAAAAGUUUACAUAUGUCUGACCUCCAACAAUCCGUCUUGCAAACUUGUGCACGGCAUCCCGAAGUUAUGGCAAAUAAUAUAGAGUUAUCAAAUGUCCCAGUUGUGGAGUUCUGGAAACUUGUGUGGGAUGCUAGAAAGAACUAUCCUGAUCAAACUGUAGCUUCCCUUAAGAAAUGGAGUGAAAGCGCAGCUCACUUUAUCGGAACACAUCAAGAUUCGAUAGACCGUGAUCUCUUUUGCAAACUUAUUGUUGCUGAUUCCUUGCCUGUGAUUUCACCAGAUGCAGCUGCCACUUUGAUGGAACAAGAACAAUUUUUUCUUUCUGCUGAAGACCGCAAUGAUGAAGAGCUCACCUGCCUCCAAGAGCGGUGCACAAAUGCCCUAUACAAUAGUAGAACUGGUGCAUGGCAACUAGCACAGAAAGAUCCCAUAAUUUUGAUGAAUUUGUACAAACAACUAUCGAAACUGCCCCUGAUUGUGAUGAAAACAAUCAUUUUGAAAACAAUGAACAUGGAGCCUAAAGGCGUCUUUGUCAGAGUGAUUGGAGCAGGAACAGAAUCCUGCAAUGGGGUUUACAAACUUCUUUUUCAUUCAAACUCAAAAUUAGUGUUUGUUCAAGAUGGUGUUUUCAACGAAGAAAAAGGACAAUUUGAAAUCUAUCCUUCAAAAGGACGCUUUCUCAUAACUUUCAAGUCAUUCUAUUUGUACUCACAGAACGUCAUUCGAAGCCAAGAAAGUUGCAUGCCCCCUAAAACAGGAUGGCUUGCUUGUGGCCACGCUAAGAACCCUCCACCAAAGUUAAAUUACAUAUAAUAUUGUGGAACACUUCAGGUCCCGUGGCAAAUGAGACCAUCUUUUCCACAAUUAGUGAAGAGCAAAACGCAAAAAUAGUUCGGAUUGGUAUGAAAUUUGCAGCACUUAAAUUAUAGAAUAAAAAGAUGCACUAGGU